AUGCAAUUCUCCACCUUCUCCCUAUCCAUCUUCGUCGCCUUCGCUGCGGCUCAGAACUCUACGCUUCCGGAUCUAGUAUCACAAUUACCGCCAUGCGCUGCAAGCUGUCUAGGCAGUUCUUCCGAGUCCGCUGGAUGCGCGUCGACAGAUUUCACAUGCCUUUGCAGUGAAGAUAAGCGUCAGUCCUUCAUUAGUAGCAUCAGUGGUUGUAUUGGUCUCUCGGCCAAAUGCUCUCAAGAUGAUAUCAGCAAGCUUUCCACUCUAGCUCCCGAGAUCUGCAAUGCUGCAACAUCAAACCCGGACCCCUCUGCCGUCGCGUCGGCAUCGAACAUUAUUACCUCAGCUAUUGGUCCUACCUCGACUCCCGACGCCGGUGUUAGACCUGAAAUUGGAAUGGGAUUAGUUGGAGUUGCUGCUUUCGCGGCUUUGGCUCUUUAA